GAAAUUGCUCAAUGGCAUGUAAUUUUCUGAAACUUGGCGACAUUGUAUCCACACCAAACAUAUCCCUAAAUCCAUUUCUCUCGAGCAAUCUUUGACUUCAAUUCUCUAUCCCCCGAAUUCCAUUUCACUUCCAUACACAAAUUUCUGAAAUGUCGGGGGCUUGUUCGAUCCCCUUUGCCAAGAUCAAAAUCCCUCCGCCUUCCUCCUCGCCGGCCGCCGCCGUUUCUCCCUCCGCCUCCGCCUCCUCUUCCGCUUCUUCAUCCUCCCCUCACACUUCCCUCCGAUUCUCCUCCUCCAAGCCUUUCGUCUUCACCAUUAGGAGCUCUCAGACCGAAGGCCCUCUUCGGAGACCCGCGGCUCCUUCUCUCAGAGAGCCGUCACCGCCUUCGCCGUCUUCGCCGACGCCUCCUCUCAAGCCUACUCCUCCCCCGCAAUCGCCUCCGUCGCCGGUGUCUCCUGUUGUGAAACAGGAUAAUGUGAUUACAUUGGAGUUUCAGAGGCAGAAAGCUAAGGAGCUUCAGGAGUAUUUUAAGCAGAAGAAGCUUGAUGAAGCUGAUCAGGGACCGUUCUUUGGCUUCAUCGGGAAGAAUGAAAUUUCCAAUGGGAGGUGGGCUAUGUUUGGUUUUGCUGUUGGAUUACUGACAGAGUAUGCAACUGGUUCAAACUUUGUUGAUCAAGUAAAGAUCCUUCUCUCAAAUUUUGGGAUAGUAGAUCUCGAAUGACACGACAUACAAGGUCGAUGUUGCUAUAUUUUUCCAAUUUCUGUAAUUUAUGUAUCUACAUCCUGUAAUUCAUCUGAUAGUCUUCAUGAGAGUUUUGUUGUCUGAUACACUUAAUUGCCAUUCAAGUGUGUGCUCCUUGCAAUACUUACUGUUUUUCUGUUAUAUAUAAAGUCUUCAUUUUCUUUACGAGUCUGUAAUUCACUGGGAGCAUUUAGCUAUUCAAACCUUGCUAAACUUCUUUACCUUCAUUCAUUGAAGGUUACGUUUACAUAAUAAUAACCUUGAAAAUACGAUACGUUUCUUCUCA